AUGAGAGCUACCCCAGUCUCCCUCGUCAGCUUCGCCUUGCUGUUCGGGCUCGCCAAUACCGCUGGCGCUUACGACAGCACUUGCAAACCACCUCUCACUGGGGAGCAAGAAGUUGAGCCCGUUGUCAUGGCCACCUAUAGCUGUAGCCGCUGGGGUGACGGUAACCACUAUACUGGUCACAAUGAGCCCGCCGGAACUCCUAAAGACUGUGCUAUCGCGUGCUCUAAGCGAUCUCCAGAGGGCCCCUGUACCUGGUAUAGCAACACAUGCUAUUUUUAUAAGCCGGGUGCCCCUACUGUGGCGGCUGCUUCUGCUCACUCAGAGGCAGUCACGAUCGAGACGCGAAAGGACUGGGAUAGACUGAAGCUGGCGUAUGAUCAAUGUGACGCAAACUGCCAAUCAAGUGGUGGCAAUGGUGGACCCCCUGGUGGUGGCGGUAAUGACCAAGAUAAAGGUCUAGCAUGGCCUGCAGGAUGUCAGUAA